AUGGACAGCUUCUCCUCAUCACCACUGAUGGAGUCUUUUCCAUCAUCUCGUUUUCCAUCGCCGGUUCCUUCGCCAACUCAGACCGAUACCGACCUUCCCAUUGAAGUUGACCAAUCAUUCAAUUCUUCGCUAUCUUUUGGCGAUACUUCACCCAUGUUUUCCCCCACACCAAUGUUGGCCAAGAAAGGGGCUAUCUCUCCACUGCUGUCCCAAACCGCCGGCUCAUAUUUGUCUCCAUCACCACUCUUCUCCCUCAAGCCCCGUCGUCCAGAUCCCGUCCCACUUCAGCGUGCUUUACCAUCUCCGUCCAAGUCAUCCAGCAUGGAUCUUGAUGAUGGCAUGAAACCUCUGACUUCUAGACCUUUGGGACAGGGCAGAGCUUUCGGUCGAGAGAUCUCCUCCAACAUUAUGCAACGAUCAGCAGGACCUGCUACUACCAAGGCAAACAAGGGAAUGAUGUUACCGCCCACCUUACCAGACGGAAAACCAAUGGUCAGACCCAGAGGAGGUAUCCCUAUGCAAUGGACUUCAUCAAACGAGGAAACGGGAAGACCAAGAUUAGGGAUGCAAGCUCACUUGUUCAGGAGAGAGACUGAUCCCGCCUCUUCCUUAUCUCCUUCUUCCGUCGCAUCCACUUCCAUGAGCGACGACUUCGGUAUGGAUAUCGACUCUCCUGUUAUGAAGUCUCGUCGUCCUUCUUCUCAACAGUCGCCCUGUUUUAGCGGUGCUGCCUCUUUCUCAGGUUCGCCUGGUCUCGGUUCUUUCUUCUGCGAAUCACCAGCUGCCCCCUCUAUUCCACCACCUUCAAAGCGACGUUCCUUGGUGACUGGAUCUCCUGCUUCUCCAUCAUCCGGCUCUCCCUCCGCCAAGCGUACAUCGCUAGGGCUGAAAAUGAGCAGACCGCCACUUGACAAAACGAUGUCUUCCAGCGCUAUGCUCUUCGGAAGUGGUCGAGCCAAUACAGUAGCGAGUCGACGGAAUCCGUCAUACAAACGACCCGCUCUCGGUCCCUUGGCUGCUGGCCCUUCUGCCGACGGUGGGCAACGAACAGCAUCUGCCGCUUCCGCCUUUCCGAUUCUGUAUGGUACCUCUCAAGCUACUUUAGGCGGCGGUCAAUCCGGUACAUUCCCCCGAUCAGGGCUGGCACCUAUGCGAAGAGCUUUUUCCGUAUGUGAUCAGAACAAGAUGCACGAAAUGGAGGAAGAUGAGAGUGAAUACGAGGCCUCACCGUCUAUGGCAGGUACCCAAGCCGAAUACAUGAGAAGAUACGGUCCUCGGGGAGUGCCCAAAGUUGACGGUUCUCCAGGCUUCAAACCUGUUCGGGCAUCCAUCGCUACCUCCGGUCAAGGAAUCGCCAGUCCUGUUGGAAAGAAGGGGAAACAAAAGGUCAGUCCCUACGGACCCGGUGGACUACCUGGAUUUGGGGAUAACGAAAUGGAUGGGAAAAUCUUGCCUUGUCACAAAGUAAAAGAAGAUGGCUUGGUCCGUAUCUCCCCAAACACCCUCAAAAACCUCAUUGGUGGUCACUUCUCCUCCAAAGUCAAGCGAUAUCAUAUCAUCGAUUGUCGAUUCGACUACGAGUACGCAGGAGGACACAUUGAAGGAGCCAUCAACGUAAAAUCAAUGGAUGCUCUAGACGAAUUGUUAUUGUCCGAGUCUACUGGCGUACAUGCCGAUGGCAAUGAUCUCCCUCAACCCAGUAGGAGUGGAGAGCUCGAUGAAGGUGAACAAGUUGUUCUAGUAUUCCAUUGCGAAUUCAGCGCUAAACGAGCUCCAACUUUUGCUAAACAUCUCCGAUCCCGAGAUCGUCUCAUCAAUAAUGCUCUUUAUCCCAAAAUCUACUACCCUGAGGUAUAUAUACUGGAAGGUGGUUAUUGUGGAUUCUAUCAAACUCAACCUGAUAUCUGUAAUGGAGGGUAUACACCUAUGGAUGAUCCAAAACACUUUGAAAGGCGAAACUCCGAUUUGCACGAUUUCCGCAAAUUCAGUAGGACCAAAUCUUUCACAUACGGUGAACAACCCACGCAAUCAUCAAGAACACAACCUCCUUGUCCGCCAUUAGCUUUUGCCGCAGCGUCCGCUGCGACAGCAAGAAGGCACGGAUCGACCAUAACUGAAGAAGAUCACGAACACGAAUCUUCACCUUCAGGAGGUAAUGGGUCCAGCCCCGGAAACGAGAAUUCCCCUUGUCCAAGAGCUAUCUCAAUGGGUCAACCACCUAUCUUCGGAUCUGCCAAGACACGGGUACUCGGAAGAGUAGGCUUUAAUAGAGUCGCUUCUUACGCCGGUACUGGAAUGCGUCAUUAA